UUGCGCUUCCGUCUCCGCCGGGGAUGCACGGAGGGCGGAGCUGCGGCCCGAGGACGCAACGCGAGCCCAGUUCCGGCGAGGAGGCCGCGCCAGUGACAGCGAUGGCGGCGGAGUCGGCGCUCCAAGUUGUGGAGAAGCUGCAGGCGCGCCUGGCGGCGAACCCGGACCCGAAGAAGCUACUGAAAUAUUUGAAGAAACUCUCCACCUUGCCUAUUACAGUAGACAUUCUUGCGGAGACCGGUGUUGGAAAAACAGUAAAUAGCUUGCGAAAGCACGAGCAUGUUGGAAGCUUUGCCAGGGACCUAGUGGCCCAGUGGAAGAAGCUAGUUCCUGUGGAACGAAAUACUGAGCCUGAUGAACAAGAUUUUGAGAAGAGCAAUUCUCGAAAGCGCCCAAGAGAUGGCCUUCAGAAGGAGGAGGAGGUAGAGGGGGACUGUGCAGAAAGCUGGAAGGCCUCCAGCAGCCGGUCGUAUAGUCCCGAUCAGAGACAGAGAAAACACAGAAAACUCUCAGAGCUCGAGCGGCCUCACAAAGUAUCUCACAGUCACGAGAGGAGAGACGACAGAAAGAGGUGCCACAGAGCUUCUCCAGUUUACUCUUCGGACCAUGAAUCUUCUGACUAUGGCCACGUUCAGUCCCCUCCGUCAUCCACUAGUCCUCAUCAGAUGUCUGUGGACCAUUACAGAUCCCUGGAGGAGGACCACCAGCCCUUUGUUCCACACCAGAAGCCUGGCAAAGGCCACAGCAAUGCCUUUCAGGACAGACUGGGGGUCAGUCAAGAACGACUGACCCCCAGUGAACCCCAGGGGAGAGAGGUCGUGAGUCAGAGCAAGGAGCACAGAUCUUCCCAUAGAGAAAAACGUCCAGUGGAUGCCAAAGAAGAUGAGAAGUCUUCUUUGAGCAGAGAAAAAUCACACAAGGCCACCUCCAAAGAGGAAAACCGGAGGCCACCCUCAGGGGACACAAAGGAGAAACCACCCUCCAGUGGUGUCAAGAAAGAGAAGGAAAAAGAGGGCAGCACAAGGAAGAAGGUUUUGCCCCCCUUGGAGGUGGCUUCAGACAACCACCUUAAAAAGCCAAAAUAUAGAGACCCAGAGAAAACCAAAUCAGACAAAAACAAGCAAAGUCUGGAAAGCUUAGACAUAGGCAAGGGGGCAGGAGACCCGUUGCCCAAGGUGAAAGAGAAGGUUUCUAACAACCUAAAGACUCAAGAAGGGAAAGGAAAACCUUCUCUAUCGGAUAGAAAGUCAGCAGGCUCCUUCCCUAAAAAUGAGGAGGCAGAUAUGGAUGAUGAAUUUGAGCAGCCCACCAUGUCUUUUGAGUCAUACCUCAGCUAUGACCAGCCCCGGAAGAAAAAGAAGAAGAUUGUGAAAACUUCAGCCACAACUCUUGGAGAAAAAGGACUUAAAAAAAAUGAUUCGAAAAGCACUAGUAAAAACUUGGACUCAGUUCAGAAAUUACCUAAGGUGAAUGAAAACAAGUCAGAGAAGCUUCCGCCAGCUGGAGCCAAUUCAGCCAAGCUGAGAAAGGUCCCCAGCGACGCGUUGCCAGCGUUGCCAGACCUUCCAUUACCUGUGAUACAGGCCAAUUACCGUCCCCUUCCUUCCCUUGAUUUGAUGUCCUCCUUCCAACCAAAGCGGAAAGCACUAUCCUCACCCCAGGAAGAGGAAGAAACUGGAUUCACUGGACGAAGAAUGAAUUCUAAGAUGCAGGUGUAUUCUGGUUCCAAGUGUGCCUAUCUCCCCAAAAUGAUGACCCUGCAUGAGCAGUGCAUCCGGAUACUUAAAAACAACAUCGACUCAAUCUUUGAAGUGGGAGGCGUCCCGUAUUCUGUUCUUGAACCUGUUCUGGAGAGGUGUACACCUGAUCAGUUGUAUCGCAUAGAGGAAUACAAUCACGUAUUAAUUGAAGAAACAGAUCAAUUAUGGAAAGUUCAUUGUCACCGAGACUUUAAGGAUGAAAGGCCAGAAGAGUAUGAGUCGUGGCGGGAGAUGUACCUGCGGCUUCAGGAUGCCCGGGAGCAGCGGCUCCGAGUCCUCACGAAGAACAUCUUGCACGCACAUGCCAAUAAGCCCAAAGGCCGACAAGCAAAAAUGGCCUUUGUCAACUCUGUGGCCAAGCCACCUCGUGAUGUUCGAAGGAGGCAGGAGAAAUUUGGAACAGGAGGAGCAGCUGUGCCUGAGAAAAUCAGGAUCAAGCCAGCGCCAUAUCCCACGGGAAGCAGCCGUGCUCCCUUCAGCAGUGGCAGCAGCAACAGCUUUAACGCCAGCCCUGAGGAGCCAGCCUAUGAUGGCCCGAGCACUAGUGGCGCCCACUCGGCGCCUGUGGUCAGCAGCACUGUUUCCUAUGAUCCUAGGAAACCGACUGUGAAGAAAAUUGCCCCAAUGAUGGCCAAGACGAUUAAAGCUUUCAAGAACAGAUUCUCCCGACGAUAAACGGAGGACUUGUCUUGGAGAUGAAAUGUUGGGGGAGGAAUACAAGGACGAUGGGGGUUGGGGAAUGGAACUUCUAAAGGAGACCAGACUCUUUGGCUUAGUGGAAACUUUUGGCCUCCAAGUCGUGCACAGCGAGCAGGUGCCGUGCCUGUGCCCGCAGCCACUGCCUCCCUGACUGGAGAGCACUUCAGAGUUCUGAAGAUGUGAAGCCUCAUUCUCACUGAGGAUUUUAAGGUCAAUUGUACCUUUGUUGUUGAUUAGCUUCUUUGUAAACUAUAAGACAUAGUUUUAAUUAAUAAAUAUUGCCCCCAGAUUGUA